CUGCCCGCCUCUGCCGGCCUGUGCGGACCUGCCGGGCCCGGGCACACCCAGGAGGGUGUGAGCGCAGCGGGAGCCGAGUGCUGGCACGCAUGGGCCUGGGAGAGCCCAGCCCCGCGCUCACCUGGCCCGGCUGCGGGAGCCCGACAUCCGCGGGGAGCAGGACACCUGACCUUGGCUCUGGGACAGUCUGCUGCUAUGGCAGACCCCCCUGGUUGCUGCUCUGCCUGUGCCACCUGCCUGCUCUGCCCCUACAGCUGCCAGUGGAUCACUGCCAAGAAGGAGAAGAGGAAGGGCCUGAGAACCACCAAGUAUGACUGCAGCUGGUUCCUUUUCCUCUUCUGCGUCUUCCUCUUCACCCUGGUGUGGCUCUACUUCGCUAUCAUCAUCCUCAAUGAUUUCCACAACUUCAAUGAAUUCAUCUUCAGGCAGAGCAAGCUGUGGCUAGACUGGUCCCUGGUCCUCAUCAUUGCUACGGCUGUGCUGAUCAGCUACUCGUCUGUGCUGCUGGUCCUCGCUUUGUGCUUGCAGCUCUGCGGCCAGCCCUUGAAGCUACACUGGGUGCACAAGAUCCUGCUCAUCCUGACUGCCCUGGUGGUGGCUGCAGCCUUCACAGGGCUGGGAAUAAAGUGGGCAGAGGAGUGGAAAAGUGCACGGAUCUCCCUGCAGGCAACAGGUCCCUUCCUGCACAUUGGAGCUGUGGGGGGAAUGACACUCCUUGCCUGGCCCCUGGCCAGCUUCAUCUACCGCACCCGCAACACAGGUCUCAGGGUGUUUGUGCUGCUUGUGUACUGUGCCGCAAUGAUUGCACUCUACCUGGCUCCCUUGGGAAUCACCUCCCCUUGCAUCAUGGAGGAGAACCAGCUGCCUCCCAAGCCAGCCCUAGUUGGCCAUCGAGGAGCACCCAUGCUGGCCCCCGAGAACACCCUCAUGUCACUGCGCAAGGCAGUGGACUGUGAUGUGCAAGUCUUUGAGACAGACGUCAUGGUGAGUGCUGACGGGGUCCCAUUCCUCAUGCACGACGAGGAGCUCACCAGGACCACCAACGUGCAGGCUGUGUUCCCUGAGAGGGCUGCCCUGAACAGCACUGCCUUCAACUGGACAGACCUCCAGCAGCUGGAUGCUGGCAGCUGGUUUCUGGAGCGGAGGCCAUUUCCCACUGUGCAGAGUCUUUCUCCUGGUGAUCGCCAGGAGGCAGCUGAACAGAGGAUCCCGUCCCUGGAACAGGCUCUAGAGGCAGUCAAGCACAGCAACCUCUCCAUCAUGUUUGACCUUCGGCCUGAGAACCACAGUGACUACCAGAACUUUGUCAAUGUCACCCUGGGAGUGAUUUUACAGUCCGGCAUCCCGCUGCAGCAGGUCCUCUGGCUUCCAGAUGGGUUCAGGGAAGAUGUCAAACAGCACGCCCCAGGUGUCCAGCACAUCUAUGGCCGGAAGAGGGUCGAGAAUGAGGAGGAGCCAGUUCUGCGCGUCAAUCUGCCCUACCAGGACAUGAGCUCUGAGGAGAUAAGGCAGUACCGCCAGGACAACAUCUCUGUCAACUUGUACGUGGUGAAUGAGCCCUGGCUCUUCUCCGUGCUCUGGUGCUCAGGGGUGAGCUCUGUCACCACCAAUGCCUGCCAGGUGCUGAAGGAGAUGAAACGCCCCAUCUGGCUUCUGCCCAGCAGCACAUACUUAAUGAUCUGGAUCGUUGUAGACUGUGUUUCCUUCCUUAUCAUCAUCUGGGCCUUCGUCCUGAUGAAGAAAUGUUCCCACAGGAGGCGGCCAGCGGGUGAGUGCGCACGGAACGGGAGCUUCCCUCCCUUGGAGCCAGGCUCUGCCUCUGGGACUCUCCCUGACCGGAAGGCAGCUUUCCCCAGCCAAACGUGACGGAGUGGUUUGGGAUGGCUGGGGGAGGAAAGGGAAUCCCAGCCCAGGGAGUUCCUCCUGUCCUGCCGUUAACAAGCAGCCCUGCGGGACAGCACUACGGAAUCCCACAUUUCCCGAAUAUCCUCAAACCUGCUUUUCAGGCUACUCCGCCUGUCGCUGCGGGAUGGUGGCCGCCCACAAUGAAUGGUUUUUCUCUGUCUCCUCAGAGUCUGAGACUGAUGUGCUGCUCACAAAGAUCAACAGCUUGAUGCAAGAGUGACGCCUGUGUCAGCUGUGGGGUAGGGCAGCCAGAGCCCUGCACAGCUCAAACAGGGAGCACUCCUCAGGCCAGCUUCGAGGCUCCUUCCUCCGAGCCUCCCUUCUACCGUGGCCUUCCUGGCUCCUUUUAUGGUGCACAGCUGCCCUCAGCUGAGAAGACUUGGAACUGAGUUCUCAUUGCCCGCUAGCAGCGAGGAACUAAAGCUUUGCAGGGGUGGCCUAGGGGCAGAAUAUUUAUCCAGCAGUGCUGGAGCUGAGACCACUCCCUUGGGGUUUGGACAGGAGCGGGGAUUUGGGUCGCUGUUUGGUGCAGGGGAAGGGCUGUCUGCCUGUUGUCAGCAGCUCUGCAGACACGUUUAAGGGCUGUUCCCCCGGGGGCUGCCUUGUCCCAUGGCUUGAGAAAUAGGAAGGGGAUGUGGAGUGGCUUUUCAAAAAAGGGAAAGCCGAGCUCUUCACCCUCCCAUCCUGGACACAAAUCCUGUCCCUGCUGCUGCUAGCUUAAUCUUCACGGGACAGGGUCCUGGCACUCCGUGCAGCAGUUAAUGCCUGUUGCUCGGGGAAGAGAAGGAGCAGGGCUGGGGGUGGUGGGUGCCAGGGGCUGGCAGGACGGCGCUCAUGCUCCUGCCGCUGCUCCAGGGCAGCAGAGGGAGCGGUGGGACUCGGCAUCGGUCACGUUGCAGCAGAGCCUAGAUCAGGGAGAGGGGUACCGUGGCAGUUUGACUUGUUGCUGUCUAUUUAUGUCAAUAAAGCAGAGGAGCGGCAGACAGA